AUGGCCACCGAGUUGACCGUCCAGUCGGAGCGCGCUUUCCAAAAGCAGCCUCACAUCUUCCUUAACACCAAGUCCAAGGCUUCUUCCAAGAAGACUGCCCAGGGCCGCCGCUGGUACAAGGACGUCGGUCUCGGUUUCCGUACCCCCAAGACCGCCAUUGAGGGAACCUACAUCGACAAGAAGUGCCCCUUCACUUCCCAGGUCUCCAUCCGCGGCCGUGUCCUCGUCGGCAAAGUCGUCUCCACCAAGAUGCACCGUACCCUCGUCAUCCGCCGCGAAUACCUGCACUACGUCCCCAAGUACAACCGUUACGAGCGCCGCCACAAGAACCUGUCUGCCCACGUCUCCCCCGCUUUCCGUGUUGAGGAGGGUGACAUGGUUACCGUCGGCCAGUGCCGUCCUCUCAGCAAGACUGUUCGCUUCAACGUGUUGAAGGUUCACGCCAAGACCUCCCGCGCUGUCAAGUCUUUCUCCAAGUUCUAG